UGCAAAUUAUUGCAGCGUUGUCAAGGAAACUAGAAAAAUAACAUCGAGCCAACACAAAAACUUACGACGAAACAUAAAUUUCCUUCCGGUCCACUAAGCUCAAGAAAGGACUAAGUUUUGUUCUGGCCAAAACGCAUUCUUUGGACUUUUCGUCCAGUUGUGUCACAUCGCAAGAGACACCACGCCUUCGGCUAACAGAUUAGUCUCAUACAAUUGAACCUACAUGAACGCACAAUACGGCCUUAAAAUACGCCUUAUUAUAUUUUUUCGGAAGGAAAAAUAAGUCAUUGCUGUAAAUAAAAAGUGGACACUUGUGACUAAGGAUUCUUAUUUCGCCAGAAAUCAGGUGCAUUACACCAGUAAUAAGCAAGAUGUAAUCAUCAAAGAGAAACUACCAAAUAAUUUAAAUAAACAGUUGCCUUCAUUUGUAAACUAAGAUCUAGUCAAGAGUAUUUAAGUAUAAAUACCAAAAUAGAGCUCGAAAAUAGCACAUCAAAUAAUUUAUAUACACUUACAUACGUAUAAAUUAUAUACUACUAUACACAAACUACAUUAUACAUAUAUGAUACAUAAAAUUAAAUAGAUAAUACAAUAAUUAACUAAACAUAAACAUCGAAUCUGAGAGAUAUUAUGACAACACGACUUGCAACUCUGAGAAAUUUUAUACUAUCAACCGCCGCGGCUGUGGACCCAACUUCAGCCGACGCCACUACACCCACAUCUGCAAACGUCACUAAUAUCGAUGAUGCCAAUGUUGCAACGGUGAAUGUAUUGGCCACACGUGAUAUCAAACAUGAGGAGAUUUCUCUUGAAACCACAAAUGCUUGCUCUUCCUCUUCACAUGGUGACCACUUUGAAUAUAUCGAUGCGGCGGUGGACGUUGUGGCUGCAACCAAUAUGGAUGAUGUCAUGACACAGCAAAAGAAACUGGUGGCCCACGAUCAAAAUGAAGGCGUUGCCCUUAUUAGCGUCGUGGUACCCAUGGAUGCAUCUGACUCGACGGGUAGUGAGGUGCAUGGCGAUAUGUCAGAUUUAAGUGCAAUUAAGGAAAACGUUGACCUGGCACAACAAGUUGCCAACGGCCAAGUGACACUAGUGCAGACGCAAUCGACGGACGAUGACGAUGGUACACCACAAUUUAUUACAGUCACAGUUUCAGCACAGGAUGCUGGUCAGAAUUAUCAAGUGCAAUAUGUGGAUACAGAACUGUAUCACGGCAAUUCCAGCCAAACACAAAUGACAUACCCGUUUUGUCCAGUCGGUGACUAUCAAACAAAUGGCCAAACCUACUAUUCAGCGGCGGCAGCUAGCAAUUAUGCAACCGCAUCGGUUGCAAACACCCCAACCACACACGCCUCGUCAUUGCCAUAUUUGGUGCCGGUGGAGGAAGGAUUAUUGCUCAAUACAUCGUCCCAAUCUCACAGUCGGGACUCGCCGCAUAGCUUAACGGAAGUGGCUUAUAUACAAGAAGCGCAUAGUACGCCGCAAACGCCCACUUCUACAACAACAACAAACUCUAUAAGUGGCGGUAGCAUCGGCACUGGAGGUGGUGGUGCAUCGCCAGACAGCGAACAAAGUGGACUCGGCACCACAAACAAAGUAGCCUCGGCGACGAUCAAAUGGUUGUCACGUAACUACGAGACGUCUGACGGUGUCAGUCUACCCCGUUCCACGUUGUACAAUCAUUACAUACAACACUGCAACGAGAAUAAAUUGGAACCGGUGAAUGCUGCGAGUUUCGGCAAACUAAUUCGUUCGGUGUUCUCUGGCUUGCGCACACGUCGUUUGGGCACACGCGGGAAUUCCAAAUAUCACUACUAUGGCAUACGCAUCAAGCCAGAUUCUAUAUUGAACCACAUGAUGGACGAAAAGCCGACGUAUUCAACACAUUCCGGAAAUGGCAUUCCAGGUAGCAUUGGGAAUUCAACCUCCGGUGGUGGUAUAGUUUCGUCUAGCGGUGCCGGUGGUAGCGGCGUUAGUGGCAAUAUGUCGCACCAUGGAAAUCGCAGUGUAAAGAAAAUGAGUUUCAAACCAGAAACUUAUGAAACUUGUGCACAGUAUUUGGGCGAUGGCGCUGGUGCGAUUCCCUCAUUUCCUGCAAUCGAAUUGGAUCACAACUACAACAGUGAGCUUACACAGGAGGAUGUGGAAACAUUUCGUGUAAUGUACCGUGAACACUGCGAGUCCUUUUUGGAUGCUGUACUCAAUCUAGAACUCAGUGCCAUUGAGUAUUUAUGGCGUGAUUUUUGGCGUGCAGCUGACAACAACAAUCUGGACGAAUGUGAAGAGGAAAAGUAUCUGAGCAAGGCAAAACUGUAUUUGCUUUGCCAUUGCGCAGAAGUGCAAAAGUUUAUUAAGGAGGUGGACUACCAAUUCUAUCAAAAUAUGGUUGAUGUUAUCAUUCCCGAUGUGCUGCGCUCCAUACCGAAUGCGUUAACACAAGCCAUUCGUAAUUUCGCCAAAAACCUGGAACUUUGGUUGUGCGAGUCUAUGGUUGGUGUUCCCGAACGUUUGGUACAAAUAAAAUCAGCAGCGAUAUCGGCUUUUUGUCAAACAUUGCGACGGUAUACAUCCCUCAAUCAUUUGGCACAGGCUGCGCGUGCAGUUCUGCAGAAUAGUUCGCAAAUUACUCAAAUGCUCAACGAUUUAAAUCGAGUAGACUUCCAUAAUGUGCAGGAACAAGCCGCUUGGGUAUGCCAAUGUGAGCCGGCGGUAGUACAACGUUUGGAGAACGACUUUAAAUCGGCACUUCAACAACAAAGUUCUCUAGAACAGUGGGCCUCGUGGUUACAACUGGUCGUCGAUUCCGCCUUACAAGAGUAUCGUGGCAAGCCGAGCUAUGCCAAGGCAGCGCGUCAAUUCCUACUCAAAUGGAGUUUUUACAGCUCCAUGGUAAUACGUGACCUGACACUACGUUCCGCUUCCAGUUUCGGUAGCUUUCAUUUAAUACGAUUGCUAUAUGAUGAAUAUAUGUUUUACCUGGUAGAGCACAAAAUAGCUGAAGCGCAGCAAAAGACCGCCAUUGCAGUUAUCUGCGAUCGAAUGCAAAAGGAUAUUGAUUUUGAAUUCGACUACCAAUUGGAGUUUAUCAACGAAAGCCAUGAACAACAACAGCAGCAGCAGCAACAGCAGCAACUUAGUGCAGCUGACAUCGAAGAUGCAGCUUCCUCCAUUAGUAAUUCUGCAAAGCGUUUGAAGCAUGAAUGAGUGAGUGCUGUCGUAGAGCUGCAGAGCAUACACAGACCGACAUCCAGCAGUAUUCAAUGUAGCGACGUUGGUGUUUUGCAGGCAAAGUUCGCUGAGUAUAUUUGCUUGUUGGCGUCCUUAUAGUAGUGGUAGUCAAAGUAAGUUAGCCAUAAUAGCUACAGGAACAGCCAUAAAAAAGUAACAGCAUAAAUUAGCAACAAUUUAUGUAAAAAAAAAUAUUUUUAUUUCUGCAACUAAAACAUUUCCAGGCAUUUAAACGUUAAAAUAUUAGAAAAGAAAAAAAGAAAAAAGGAAAAAGGAAGAAAAUGACAUUUGAACUUUAA